GACCUUUGAUUUGAAAGUUCACACCGGAUGUCGAGUGUAUUAUCAUUGACAGUAGUUUGGUGAGAGUCGGAUCCUGAAGUUACGUUGUGUUUACGGACUUCAGAGGAUGUGGUCGGUUGAAAACCCUUUAUUCUGACACCACAUCCCGGUAAACCGACAACAACCGGGCCCUGGAGUGGCUGACGAGGCGGAGCGAGGCAGCCUGAGUCAUUUCUCUGACCACCUCUUACUUUUUGGAGGCCUGGGGACAAAUGCAGUUCAGCUAACGACAAGUAGCCACCAUGUCGUGGGAAGAAAUGCCGUGUUUUGUGGCCUCACCCCUGCCCCGGCAGACUGCUCUCUGAUCCCAUCGGACAAGAAAACUAGCAGCGGUAACUCAGCUGUCAACUAAGCUAACGUUAGCUAGCCAUCAGCACUGUCUGGCUCUCAACACCGUAGCGUGUGCUUUAGCCUGCUAGCUUCAGAGCCAUGGCGGACAGCUUCGGAGAGAAGUCCAGUGGCGGUGCCCUUGGCCCAGGCGUCACCGGACAUGGCAGCGGAGCCUCGCUGCUUCCGACUCUGGCCAACUCUCUCCCCGGGGGGGCCUCGGUAGUCCCCGGUGAUCACCCAAGCUCCAGCCCGGCCUUCCCCCCUCCCGCUGCGGUCGCGCACAGUGGCCUAACCACUGUAGUGUCUCCCAUGUCCGCUGUCACUGCUACCGCUGCCGGGUUCGGGACCACAUUCAGCCCCGGUACCCUGCCACCGGUCGUGGCCAUGUCUCCAGCCGUACACACCUCCUCGCCUCUCCCCGGUAUCGCGCUGGGUGUCGGCGGGGUGGCAGGAGCGGGCCUCCUGUCCCAGAUCCACGCCACGCCCUGGGACCCGUCCCUCAGUACGGACUGGGACAACGAGAAGGCUUCCCAGCAGUGCAUCUUGAGGAUAAAGAGGGACAUCAUGUCAAUCUACAAGGAACCUCCCCCAGGGAUGUUUGUCGUCCCUGAUCCUCAAGACAUGACCAAGAUCCACGCACUUAUCACAGGGCCAUUUGACACUCCAUAUGAGGGCGGCUUCUUUCUCUUCCUGUUCCGCUGCCCACCUGACUACCCCAUCCACCCACCCCGGGUCAAGCUCAUCACCACGGGACACAACACAGUCCGCUUCAACCCCAACUUCUACCGCAAUGGCAAGGUUUGCCUCAGCAUCUUGGGGACAUGGACUGGCCCAGCAUGGAGUCCAGCUCAGAGCAUCUCAUCUGUCCUCAUCUCUAUCCAGUCUCUGAUGACAGAGAACCCCUAUCACAACGAACCUGGCUUUGAACAGGAGCACCACCCAGGAGACAGUAAGAACUACAACGAGUGUAUCCGCCAUGAAACCAUGAGGGUGGCAGUGUGUGACAUGCUGGAAGGCAAAGUCUCCUGUCCAAAAGCUCUGUGGAGUGUGAUGGAGAAGUCCUUCCUUGAAUACUACGAUUUCUAUGAGGGAGUCUGCAAAGAGAGACUGCAUCUACAGGGACAGAACAUGCAGGACCCAUUUGGUGAGAAGCGUGGUCGUUUCAACUACCAGGGCCUGCUGGCUCGCCUCAGCACCACCCACAGGCAAAUACGGGAGAAGAACCUGGCAGAGGGUGACCCCAACAAAGAUGACUCGGACUCAGACACCAGCUCCUCAGGGACAGACCCUGACAGCCAGGGCAGCACCCAGCCCUGACUCUCAGGGCGGUUCUGGACUCAAUGCCAGGCCGAUAACUAAAGACAAAGGGACCUUCUUUUUUUUAUUUUUAUUUACAGUCGAGGAACAAAAUCACAGAAGAGAUCGCAACACCUAUGUUUAAGGCAGCCCAGACAAAAGCAUACUUCUUAUAUGCAAUUCUCCAGCCUUGCUGCCGCGGUGGGCCUGUCGCCCUCCACCCUGGUGUCACCGCUGGUCUUUGCCUCUGCGCCCUCCAGUGGCCAGCCUCGAUGCACACCGGCACUGAACUAGCUUCCCACCCAUUAUGGUCAGAGGUCACACAUUUUGUCUGAAAGAGGCAUCUAGUUGGGGGGAGAGCCUCCCUCCAUUCCCUCCCCUCCACCUUUUAGUUCUCUCUCACCGCUUCAUGUCACUAAUGAGGCUCUGGUCCAUCCCGGUGAUGCCACUGCCAUCCCACUUCCCCUUGAUUGAGCAGACUCCACUCAAGCUAUAGCUCCUCAUUUCACCUCUGCGUUUCAACCACCCGUUUCCGCAGUAGAUCAGACUGCUUGCUACUCCUUGACUGGAACCAAGCAGCGUAGUAUGCUGCAAGAAGCUGUCAACAGAUGCUAAAGAGGUCUUCCUCAGCCGAAGCCUUCUGGCCGCCCACCUACACAGACCCUCCAACCUCAACCUGCCGUCCUCAUCAUAGUCAGAGUGCCUGUUACUCAGUCCAGGCAGCUUGCACACAUCUCCUCCCUGCCCUAACACAAUCUCACACGUCCCCUGGACAAACGUACUUCUGACCUCCAUCACAAGAAUAGCGCUGCAUGUUGGGCUGAACAACACAUCUCGUCAGGAGUCUGAGCCCAAUAAAAAACUAAAUGAAUCGUUAUGGUGUUAAAUGAUUGUGGAAAAUUAGUUUUCAUGUCUCUAGCCCCAUUCCUACCCUUGGUCAAGGAGUGCAAACCUGCCUCCAAUCCACAUGGAUUUUAUAGACUGUUGCUGAUCGGGCUUUGCUCUUCAAAAGAGAUGGGAUUCAUCCCAACAGGCAGGGUAGCUGAACGGCGUCGGCUAAUAUUCAGCAUGCGGUCCAAUGUGCAUGACUGUUUGAGAUCACCAGCACACGUACCUGCUGAGGUCAUUCGCUCUUAACAGCACAUCACUCUCUAUUCUACGCUGCCAUCUAAAAUCAUUAGCUCCCCCUGCCUGAAUUGAUUUGAGAAGAGCAAAAAUUGGCAGUCUUUGAAAGACACAUUUCAUUCAAUGAUCGAAUUACUUGGGUGGUAAUGUGUCUGCAUGGGUUUUCUUUGUAUACUCCAGCUUCCUGCCACAGUCCAAAGACAUGCAGAUUGGGCUUAGAUGAAUUAGAGACUCUAAAUUGGCCAUAGGUGAGAUCGUGAAUGGUUGUUUGUUUUGGGUCUGUGAUACGCCUGCGACCUGUUCAGGGUGUAUCCCGCCUCUCGCCCAAUGUCAGCUAGGAUCGGCUCCAGCUCCCCAUGCGGACCUCAAAGAAUCAGCAGUAUAGAUGAUGGAUGGAUUUCAAUACUUCCAAUCAUGUCAUUUUUUUGCACAACAAAACUCAUCAGCUAAUUUUAUUCCUCAUGGUCUACCCACCCUCCAAAACCUAACGGCUUUUUCAUCUGUGAAUUCUCAGACUAGCUGAUGCUUUGUGAGUCAUGUGCCUUGUCUCCUCUGGCCAGGGUGAAACCACACCUCACCUCUUCAGGCUGGACUUCAGCUGCCGUCACGGCAGGCCGCAUUGAAUCAGCAGCCCUGGACUCUACAUAACAAUGAUUCCUGUGUAUUAUGCAGUUCUGCUUAGCUUUCAGUUAAUGACUCUGUUUAGCAGAAAAAAGAAGCUGUUAAAGAAAUGUAUUUUUCAUUGAAAUACAUCUUCUAACUUUCUAUGUGUCGGUUUAUUUGUAACGGUAAAGUGGAGGAACUAAUGAAGGCGAGACGAGGGGACCUUUCUGUUGUUUUUUACACUGCGGGUAACUCGAGUUGCUCUGCUCUGUCUGAAUAAGGCCUCGGUUGCAUCUGUGCAAAGGUACACAGAAUUAUUUUACGCGAAUGAUUUUUGUUGAAGAUAAACUCCCAACAAACAACAGCAGUGAUUUCAGUAGCAUCCUUUUCACCACUAGAUAUCAGACUCGACUCCGAUCACGUCUAGUGUUACAGAAUCUCGUAUAACGGGGAAAUAAUGCUGUCAGCCUUUGAUUAUCCACUUUCCACAGCUGACUUAUUAUUUGGUCCAUGCAACAACACUACAGGAAAUGAAAUGUUGCUAUCAGGCAGCAUUGCUUGCAGUCUUAACACAGUGGAGAGGUGUCCUCUCGGAAAACAGUGAGAAUCAGAUCUGGCAGAGUUUGGACAGCCUCCAGUGAUGCUCAUUUUUUACAGUCUAUCUUAAUUGAGUACUCACAGGUCCAUUUGUACGUAAUCAUUCCAACUUAUCAUUCUGGUUAUAAACAGAUCUCCCUCUUUUCUAACUCGACUGUUAAAGGUGGAAGAAAAUCUAACGGCCACAUUCCAGCUGAGCCGAAGCUAAUGAUGCUUCAGCCAUCUCCGUCCCCCAAAAGCAAUCGAGUGUCUUCAUCCUGCUAAUCAGUGGUACGUUUGUUUAUCAGACUCUAAUCUGACUCCACCAUAAAAAGAAUAACGGUGUUUUCCAAAAUUCUUUUGAGGCCAAACUCCGCGUUCAUCUUCAGCCUCUCAAACUCUUUUAAAGAAGCUCGUCAACAUGAGACAUAUGGGUCAGAUGCAUGAACACCUGUUGUGCUUGUUGUAGCUUCUUCUCGUAUUUCGUUGCCCCUCCAGUGUGGCUCUCCACAUGCUUCAUGUUGGUGAAGAGAAGCAGUCUGCCUCUGCUGUCAGUGUGUUUGUCAAACAGGCUUCUGGCAGAGGUUGGUGAACAUUCAAAUUGGUUUACUAAUAUAGGGCAUUUCUGUUUCUUUCUCUUAUAGUUUUCUAGAAAAAUAAUAUGAGAAGCAGCUCCUAGCAGAAUUAUCUGACUGCCAAAGUGUGGAUUGCAUCAGACUUUCUGAAAAGAAGAGUCCAUAUUCCUGUUUGUUUGUGUUGUGUUGUGCUCGAAGCAGGGUUCUUCUGUGGCUCUAAAACAGCUGGAUUACUUAGAAAAGUGAUCAUUUCCAGGUCUUGAUUGUGUUGGUUAUUGUACAGAAAUUCUGAAAAAGUACAGAAUAAAAUGUUAAGUCCUGAUACUUGUAAUGAAAGUCAAUCCUUUUGUCUGCCCACUGUCAAUUUAAAUGUUUUUCAUGAGUAAACCCACCCUCCAUAGAGUUUAUUUCAUGGCUCUUGUUGAAAAUAUGACACAGAAUAGUCGGUAUCUAACUGUAAACAAGAUACAAUUACCAUAGAAGCUGCAGCUGCUAAUAAAAUAACUUUGCCUUUGUAAAAAUUCAGGGUCAUCAAAUUUUAAAUGUUGAUUGUAAAACAUUUCUUCUACCUGUUUUUUGGCCUCUACCAACUCCUCAAGGAAAUAUCCAGCUCUCUUUGUUCAACAGUUGGAUACUAACUUUCUUUACUGCAAGGCAGGGAUCCCACACUACCAGGGCUUUGUCACUGGAAAGAGCUACCCAUCCACUGCUGCUAAGGAAACUAAAACCAGUGAGAUCCCAAGCACAGAAAUGGCCUGGGAACCAGAUUCCAUCACAUUUUCUUCUGUUAAAAUGCAUCUUUGCAUGGGUCAGAAGUUUUAUACUUCUUUGUCUUAAUUAAUCCUGGGUGUGUGGACAUGAAUCAAUCAGAUUGCUGUCCCUUCAAGUGAGCUUGCACUUAAGCAGAAUGCUAUAAUAAUGAUGGACUUGCCAGGUAGAGAACAAUUCUCUGCAGAGGAAAUAUUUCCCUUUGUGCACAAGAAGAUCAUUUGUGUAACAAGCCAAAGUGUCAGUGUGGUGUGUACUUCCUUAUAUAGGUGCAUGUGACUAUCUUGAUAAUGUUUUUCAAGGGAUUAAAAUACUGGACCGCUGACUUCA